UAGUCAAGUGUCAAUCAAAGUUUAAGCACUGAUUAGUUUUGUGACGAAUGGGAUAUCCCACAGAAUGUAAGGAUUUUCCAGUGAAACUUUUGUGAACCGUAUAACUUGAUAUGCAAACAUUUUGCUGUACAUAUUUAUUAUACCAUUGCAUAUAAAUAUCUGGACCUGCCAAUUACAACUUGUCAGUUUGGGUAUUGCCUCACAAGAGUGACUUCCAUAACUAAAGAAAAAUAUUUCGAAAUCUAACUAGAUUCUCAAAAGAAUAAUAAUGGUGUGCCAAAUUCCAGAAGCUGAUUUCUUUGUCGAGUCGGAUCUGAUUCAUCCUAUCGAAUUGUCGGAGAAAAUCAAUGUGGAUUUCGAAUUAAAGACUAAGAAUGAAAAAUCUUUGACCUGCUCCAUCAAAGCUGUGGAUGAUUACCUCUCAAAGGCCUUCAAACUCUGUGACACCAACUCUCUCUUAUGGCAAAUUUCUCUCGCCGAAAUUGAAGAGAUCGUUCUUAAACAUCCAGCAGUGGAGGAUGCUGUCGUCGUGGGUGUAACUAAUCCUCAUGAUGGAAACGAUGACAGGAUCCCUCGAGCAUUUGUCGUCCUGAAACCAGAAUUCAGCAACGAAUCGUGUGCAAGUGAGAUUAGAGCUUUUGUGGAUGAACGAGUCGCAUCUUAUAAAAAGUUGAGGGGUGGACUUUUUAUUAUUUCUUCUCUCCCAAAGAAUAAACCCAACAAAAUGGAAGAUUGUGAUAAUCUUAUGUUAUUAGCACCAGCACCUGCAGCUUAAAUAAUUCGAAUGAUGUAUGUUUUUGAAGUUUGUGAAUCGUCAAUCUCAAUUAAGAAAUGUGUUUUUAUCUUACGGAUGUGUGAUCUGAACCAAAUGUAAUCUUGCUGUUUGAGAGAAUAUUUUACAUGUUGAUUGCUAAUUGCAUUAAUAAAUAUUUUUUAUACAAUAAAUAUAAAAAUUUAGAAAACCAAAACAUAAAUAAUGUCCUAAUUGAAAUAUGUAGUUCAUUCAAUAAUUCAGUUUACGGUAGCACCAUAACUAACUCAUCUUUAGUAGAAUCUUACUACGGCGCAAUUAGAACAGCGAGAAUUUCUGUUGAUAUCUUUACCAUAGAUGAACUUGUUGUUUACUUAUUAGGUGCAAAAGUUGUUCUGCUUGUUCGGAGGACCUCAUCCCUCCUGUUGUCUCUUCGACUACUAGUAAAUGCUACAGUUUCUAAAUAGUCCGACCAAGAGAAUCAUGAUCAAAACUGAAGUGAUCAAAACUGAAGUACUCAUUACCGGAAGCUUGUGCAAACUAAUUACAUUUUUUGAAUUGUGGGCAAUCUAAUUUUACGGAUGAUACUUAUUUCUGGGAAAAGCUCCGAGAGUAACAAAGAGACCUGUAUGAUUUAUACUUCCUCAUUAUGUAUUUCAGAUAAGUUAAAGAAACUAGUGUUUGAUUUAGUUUUUUGCUCAAUAAAAACUCCGCUUCUUAACGUUAUGUAAAAAUUAAUUACUAUAUACGUACGUAUACACCAGUUCUGGACCUUCUUUCUCUUUCGUUAUGUCGGUGGUAUCUAGUUAAUGCUAGCAUUAUCCCAUAUUUCCCUAAGAUUAUAAUUCGUACAAUUAAUUACAUACAUUGCAUUUACAUUAUUACAAUUUGUUGUCAAAAUCUUUCCAUUUUUAAUCUCUUCCCAUUUUUAAGGGUGAGAGUGACUGAUAUUUCACGAGAUACUUUCUCUUCUAUUUGUUCAAUCUACACACAUGUACAUAUUUACAAUAAUUUACAUGUUUGUAUUUAAUUU